CCUCCCUACCUAAGCCAUCCGUGGAAUUUCAGCCAAAAAUAGAUUCUGGCUUUGACCCAUCUUGAAGAAUGUUAGAUUUCAAGGUGUGACUUCCUGCCAAACGGAAUUACAGUGUAAAAAGGGGCUUAUAAUGACUUCGGCCAUGGCCUAAGGCGAAGACUAAGACCCCCUUCAGGCUGAGUUGACUUGAGCCAACACGGCGUCCUCUAUAGAAAGGUCGCUGCAUCAUUGAAGGAAUAUGAGAGCAAGUAACGCCUAGAGCUGCAGAAGAAAGACACUGGUACUAAAGCAAUGUUCUCAAAUUAAGGGGAAAUAUUCGGUCACAAGUUAAUGAUACAGGCAAGUCAUUACAAAAUUAAGCAUGAGUUUGUAUUUGGUCAUGGCAUUGUGCAGGGCUCACACUUUGAUGUACCAGUCAAGACUUGGGUUGGUGAGAGUUUUGCAGCACUCAAGUAGUAGGAAAUCAUUGUAAAGUCAUAUCAGUGGAAAUAAGGCACACCAACAAUGGAGAGUGACGAAGAUCAGAUGGCUGGCUCUAUCUCCAAGUCCAGCUCUUUCUCCCCGAAAGUGACGCGUCCCAAGCUACCUCCUUUCGCCGGGUCGGGAAGCCGGUCUGUGAGCCCCCGAGCGAAGACUGACCCAGGCCGAGGGGAAAUCAAAGCGAUCAUGGAGGACAUCAUGAACUUGAAAAAGACGGACUGGAAAACCUUCAGCCGCUCCCGCACGUCUCCCCACUCCAAGGGCAAGUCCAUGUCAACCAACACCUCGCCGAAUUCUUCCCCUCGCAUUGGGUCUCCGGUAGCAGACGAGUCAAGGUCAGGUUUGACACGAGAUCGGAGCCGCAGUCUCAAACUACUGACAGACAGGCUAAAGAACAAGAACACAGGUGCCAAACCCCCUGUACCCGAGAAGAAGCCGGAGGACGAAGCGAAAGAUGUCGUCAUUGUUUCGAGGACGAUCGAGUUACAGCCCUCCGGCAACAAAUGCGAGCAGUGGACACCACACAAUGCGUCGGUGCCGAGCCUUCCUCCGGGCGGGAGCCCUCGACGUAGUCCAGACAGACGAUCCAUGGAACGGACGUACGAGCAGAUACCAGAGUUCCCGGAAGAUGCUGAGCAGGAGGCAGAAGCAGAAGGUGCGAAGUCGCCUUUGACGGCUUCUUCCGAGGAAAGCUUUAGGUCAGCCCCGGAGGUACCAGACGAUGGCGCCCGAGAGAAAAGCCCAGACAGCGACUACGCGGGCGGGAUUCGCGAGAAGUCUCCGGACAGCGAAGGAGGCUGCAGCGGUAAAUCUCAAGACGACUACGACCGUCACCAUGGAGACAAAUACAAGCCAGUGGACGACGAAGGUAUUGGGGAAGGAGGAGAGGCAUCUGCUCCAGUUGUCAGCACCUACAUCUAUCAUCCUAUUCCUCGGAACUCAAAGUUUUUACAGUUAGCAGCAACAAAGCCGCCAAAGCGGUUUCCCCCAGAGCGGAGGUCUGGUAUCACCAUGCUGGCAACUCGGGGUCGGGUCGGGGGGAUAAGUAAGUCCACCGGUGACGACCACAGACCAAGCGAUGACCAGCCUUCGCGACAACAACGGCUCCAGAGGCGCAGCGAUUCCGCCAAGUCUACGGCUCCCAAGUCCUCGCCAAGAUUCAUAACCCACCCUCCUCACAUGAAAGCCUCCCACAAAGAAGCUGGCUCGGUGGACACAAAUGGUUUCGCUGCCUUGAAGUCGACAGGGGACAGUGAAGACGAACUCAAGCAGCAUAGCCAGGUGUCGCUCGCUGACAGCCAGUUUGCCAGUGAACUUUCGGACGAACCUACAUACCAGGACGUUGUUGAUUGUGUUACGUUAGACAGUAAUAACGAUGUUUCCGACCGCAAGAAUGGGAAGUCGACGAAACAGAAAUCCAAAAGUGAUCCCAGUGGGGACCGGGCUCGGGAGAUGCUGGAGUUUCCUCAGAGCUUGGAAAGCCCUCAGUCUCACAGUGCUCCCCUCCUCUCGGAAGAAGAGCUGGAAGCGAUGGGCUUCCACAAAGGUAUGACCAUUUCCGAGGAGGACGCGCGGCAGAAGUCUCGCUCGGAGACGCUCCUGUCCUCCCCGAGUAACCUGGACGAUGAGGGCAGGGAGGAGCAUAGCUCUGGAGGUGAGGACGACGACGGGAGUGUGGAGUGCUACAAGGGUUCCGACACCGCUGCCCAGGAUAGCAGCGAGUUUGUCGCCCUCAGCCCCACAGCAGGGUCGUCCAAAUCCUCCUCCAAAUCCAUCGUCAUAUCAGCCCCCGGCACCCCUCACGGUCCCUCUCCGGCUCCGUCUUCGGAGCGACCCACCAACCUCCUCAGCGUCCCGACGUCCACGAGCGGAGGCGGCUCCGGCAGGAAGCCCAACAUAUUUCGCAGUGCCAGUUCGGCCAGUGUGCUGCAGAGCCGAAAGCCCGUGGGCUCCCCCUUGCGCGAGAAAGACGUGGUAAGGAAGUACAGCAUUACCUCGGACGAAGCCAUGAUCAACUCCAAGUCGUCUGUCAAUCUGGUCCCGGAUUUCUUGCCCAUUGGGGAUACGUCCAACGCCGCGUCUAUGCCUGCCGUGUGGAAUAAGGAUAGACUUCAUAGCUCAGACUCACCGGAGAGGGAGCCUGGUUUCAUCAAGG